AUGUCAGCGCCCUCGAAUUUGCGUCAUACACAGACAGCUCGGCCCUCCUCCCCUCAUACGCCCCAACAAGCUCCGCGCUCCGGCAAUACCUCCUUUGCUAGUACGACGUCACCAGGCUCAACGUUUCGCAACGAGGAUGAUGCGAUUAUCUUUGAGAUAGGCGCACGAUGGCUCCGCGCAGGAUUUGAAGGCAAUGGUACUCCUGUCUGUGCGGUGGGAUUCGGUCCUGAAGAAUCGAGAAGAGUUGGGGACUAUCGAGGAUGGAUUCAGGGCGCUGCGGGCAAUGGGCCAUUGCCAAAACCCCUCGAUGCGGAGGACUGGGUACGAGACUAUGAAUUGUGGCAACCAGACCUUCGUAAGAUUGAUUUGGGCUUGCUGGAGGAUAAGAUCGAGCGCCUCUUUCGCGAAACAUACAACAAUUACCUCUUGACAGACGCCGGUUCCUCUCGCCUGGUCCUGACCCUUCCCUCUCUCAUGCCGCAUCCAUUGCUUUCGUCGCUACUCUCUACCUUGUUCAGCCGCUGGCGGUUUCCUAGCAUCACCCUUCUUCCGAGUGCGACCAUGUCGGCAACCGCUGCGGGAUUGCGGUCGGCUUUGGUGGUGGACCUUGGAUGGGCGGAAACUACGGCGACCGGUCUUUACGAGUACAGAGAAAUCACCACAAAGCGAAGCACGAGGUCAAUGAAAUCUCUUCAACAGGAGAUGGGACGGCUGCUCUCUUGCCUCGAGACUGGCGAGGAUCACGUGGCACAGGGCAAGGAUGUGAUCUCCGUUGGGUUCGCAUACUGUGAGGAGGUUCUCACUCGAUUCGCCUGGUGCAAGCCAUUCGCAGAGGGUGGAGAAGAACCGGUCCAAUCCGUUCGCACCGUUUCAAUACCUUCUCCCAGAAAUCCAGCGCAAGAGUUCAUCGAUAUACCGUUCUCCCGCCUGGCAGAGCCUGUUGAAACAGUUCUCUUUGCAACGGGCAUCCCCGAAAGCGAAUUGGAUGACGAGGAGAAGACGAUUCCCUUGCUCAUUUACAAAACUCUCCUGGCUUUACCGCCUGAUGCACGCGGGACGUGCAUGUCACGCAUUGUCUUUGUGGGCGGUGGAGCUCGAAUUCCUGGAAUUCGAAAGAGGAUUCUUCAUGAAGUGUCUGCUCUGAUAAAGACAUACGGAUGGAGUGCGGUUCGAGGCAAGGCUAUUGAACGACAACGCCAACGAAUGGAGGAUCUGCGGAUCUCGUCUCUCUCGAUUCAGAGUAAUGGACAGAAGCAGAAGCCACCAGCUGGCAAAAAUGGAGAGAGCCCAGCCGAGGACGAGAAAAUAGAGCCUUCCCAGGAAGAGCCGGAGAUCGACUUUGUGGAACAGAAGUUGCGCCGACAGAACAAAGAUACGCCUGUUCCUGUGCAGGGAGUCCUACGAGAAGUCGAAUCUCUCGGCGCCUGGGCUGGAGCUAGUCUAGUGACUAGCUUGAAGUUACGUGGAAUGGUCGAGAUCGAGCGAGAGAAGUUCCUGCAGAACGGGCUUGCUGGUGCGACGCGCGACUCCGAGCCUCCUGUUCCUGAUCGCCGAUCGGGUCUGAGAGCCGGCGAUCGAUCUAGCUGGACCCUGGCUGGGUGGGCAUGA